UGUCUUCGCAAACAACACAUACACAUACCAUUUCAAUCCUCAAGCAUCAACAUUUAGAUUCUUUCUUAAAAAAUUUGAUAUCGUUCUUCCUUCAGACAAACACAAAAAAUGGGUUUCCGUGUACCUGCUAUUCGACAGGCAUCAUUCACAGCUGGCCAAGCAGCUUCAAAAUCUGUAAAAGUUCCAAAGGGCUAUCUUGCAGUGUAUGUUGGAGAAAAACAGAAGCGGUUCGCGAUUCCCAUAUCAUACUUGAACCAACCUUCAUUUCAAGGCUUGUUGAGCCAAGCUGAGGAAGAGUUUGGAUAUGAUCAUCCCAUGGGUGGCCUCACAAUUCCUUGCAGUGAAGAUGUCUUCCAUCAUAUAACUUCUCUGUUGAUUGGACAAUAAAUCUGACACUAUUGGUGACUGACAUAGAUUAGUAGAAAUUUUAUACAAUAGGGAUAAUCUCAACUUGUAAAGAUUACCAAUUUUUGAGUUAUGACAACGAAUUCAAUUGAUAAGUUUUUCUGUUGAUCA